AUGUCAUGUCACAACUGUUACCGUUUAUAUCCCGCAGUCUAUGGUAUUCUUAUAAUAAUAAUAAUUACAUGCAUAUUUACACGCGGUUUCACUGACAUUAGAACAAAUUUGAUUGAUCAAUUACGUUCAUUUGAUUAUAUUCGAACAUAUGUUGAACUUUACUUUCUUAUGCUCUUUGAUUCGAUUAUUUUUAUAUUAUCAAGUAUUUUUCUAGUCAAAUGUUCUCGAUGUUUAAAAUAUUUACGUUGUAUUCGAGUGAUUCUUACUCUAUUUCAAUUGUUUAUCUAUGUCUACUCAUCAAGUAAAUUUCUUGUUUUCUAUGAAUGGAAGAAUAUUCGAGAAUCAACUUCACCGUAUCAAUUCGAUCGAUUUGAUUAUUUAGCUAUCAUUUUUAUUGCAUUAUUUGCAUUAGGAGGAAUUUUAAUAUGGACUUUAUUUUUUCGUACUAUUAACAUUAAAUUUGACAGUCGUUCGACAGAUCCAGAACGAGAACAUCUUAUUAAUGAAACAACAAGACGAUUAUAUACUGAAGAAGCAAGUUCAUUAAAUGUAGAUGUUGCAGAUGCACUGUCUAGGCCGACUCUUAAUGAAACAAAGAAUGAAGAUAUUCAAGUGCAAAUUAAAAAAAAUACCAGUUCAUGGUGGCGAAUACUAAAACUUGGUAAAGAAGAAUGGACACUAUAUAUUAUUGGUUUUUCUGUAUUAUUAAUUGCUGCAGCAACUGAAAUGAUUCAACCUUAUUUCUCUGGCAAUAUUAUAAGUUCAGUUGUUGCUAGUGAUUGGCAUAAAUUUCUUAUUAGUAUAUUUUGGUAUCUUGGAGUAUCAAUUGUUUAUGUCAUAUCAUCUGGUCUUCGUGGCUUUAUUUUUUCAAUAACGAGUGCUAAUUUAAUUCAACGUCUUCGAAAUACUCUUUUUACUUCUAUUGUAAAACAAGAUAUUGAAUUUUUUGAUGAAACUAAAACAGGCGAAAUAACUUCGCGUCUAUCAUCAGAUAUAACAACAGUUGGUGAAGCUGUUUCCGUUAAUUUGAAUAUAUUUCUACGAAGUAUGGUCCAAGCAAUUGGAAUAAUUAUCAUCAUGUUAAUAUUAUCAUGGAAUUUGUUUAUUUUAAUUCUAAUCACUGGCCCAUUAGCAUUUGGUGUAUCUAAGAUUUAUGGAGAUCUUAUGACUAACCAACAAGAAAAAAUUCAAAGUGCAUUAGCUGAAUCAAAUUCAUUAGCAGAGGAAGCAAUUUCUACUAUUCGUACUGUGAAAUCUUUCGCAAACGAAGAUGAAGAAAUUCGAUUAUUUCGUAAAAAAAAUGAUAUUAUUCGAAAACAUGCAAUUCGACAAGCUUUCUAUUAUUUUGGUUACAUGUGGAAUGGUCAAAUAUUAACUGUAUUACUAAAUUUAGGUACACUUGCUUAUGGUGGCCAUCUUGUCAUGUAUAAUCGAUUAAAUGUUUCUCAUUUUGUUUCAUUUAUUUUAUAUCAACAACGACUAGGCGAUGUUAUUAAUUCGGUCAACGAUGUUUAUGCAAGUUUAAUGAAAGCAAGUGGUGCAUCAGUAAAACUAUUUGAAUAUAUUGAUCGAAAACCGAAAAUCAUUAAUAAUGGAAUUGAAAAACCGCAUCAUUUUCAAGGACGCAUCGAAUUUAAAAAUGUUACAUUUUCAUUUCCAAAUAGAAAAAAUGACAAAGUUUUGAAAAAUAUUUCAUUUACUGUUCAACCUGGACAACAAGUGGCUCUUGUUGGACCAAGUGGAAGUGGAAAAACAACAUGUAUUAGUUUAUUAGAACAUUUUUAUGAAGCAGAUGAAGGUGAAGUAUUAAUUGAUGGUAUAUCUGUCAAAGAUUAUGAUUAUAAAUUUUAUCAUGAAAAGGUUUCACUUGUUAGUCAAGAGCCAGUGCUCCAUGCUCGGUCGAUUAAAGAUAAUAUUCAAUAUGGUCUAAUAGAAAUGAAAUCUCAAGAAGAAAUUGAAACUAUCGCUCAAAUGGCGAAUGCUCAUUCAUUCAUAUCAACAUUUCAAGAUGGUUAUGAAACUGAAUGUGGUGAACGUGGAGUACAAAUGGCUGGUGGGCAAAAACAAAGAAUUGCUUUGGCAAGAGCUUUAAUUCGUUCACCAAAUGUUUUAUUACUAGAUGAAGCCACAAGUGCUUUGGAUGCUCAUGCUGAAUCACAAGUACAAGAAGCAAUAGCUCGUACAGUCCUUGGUCGUACGGUACUUGUUAUUGCUCAUCGCCUAUCAACUAUUCGUAAUGCAGAUAAAAUUCUUGUUCUUCAAUUUGGCAAAAUUGUUGAAGAAGGUACGCAUCUAGAAUUAAUUGAUAAACAUGGUUUAUACUAUGAACUAGUUAAACGACAAACAGAAUUAAAUGAAAGUAAAACUACAGUUCAAUCGAUUGAAAAUCAUAAAACAACAAUAUCAAUGGGCAUUCCAUUCACUGAUAAAAAACAUUCAAUUUCAUUCAAUUCGAAAGAAUCUAUUUAA